AUAAAAAUAUAAUAGUGGGGUGGUGGUGGUGGGACCUGAUGAUCAUAUAACAGAUAAUGCUGACAUGGCCUGGCCAUCAGUAAAGGGAUGUGUGGAGGACAAAGAGCUGAGGCUCUCCUCUGACCUCCAACACACCUGCGCUCACAGCUACUACUACUCACUCACAAACACACUCAAAAAAACAAAAACCUCGUAACCAUUUCUCUACGUCAUAAACCUGAUGUCAGUGGUCUGACCGGGUCUGGUCUGGUCAGCUGUGGCUGUCUUGGUUGAUCCAGCCGAGAGCUCUCAUGUGUUGUCAUGGUAACCCAUACCGACUUAUAGUGACCCAUAUAGGCUUCCCGUGAGGCCUGAGGUACGUCACACAGAGGGUAUAUUUUCUCAGGGUCCCUGCCUCCCUGUUUUCUCCCGGCCUUCCUCUUCCACAGAGGUAGAUGGCCCGACUAACUGAGAACGCAUGUGAUGUUCCAGGAGCCUGUGACUUUCCUAGAUGUGGCUGUGGACUUUACUCAAGAGGAGUGGGGACAGCUGGACCCUACCCAGAGGACUCUGUAUCGAGAUGUCAUGCUGGAGACCUUUGGGCACCUUCUCUGUGUGGGUCCUGAUCUUCCCAAACCUGCAGUUAUCUCCCAGCUGGAGCAAGGUGCUGAGCUCUGGGUGACAGAGAGGGGAGGCACCCGGGCCUUCCAUCCAGGUUGGAUUCUUGGACCUGAAGACCACACAUCAUUCAAGGAGCAGAACCAUCCUGAGAAGGAACUAUCCCCCAUUACAGAAAGGGAUGGGUUUGAAAGAGCUAUUUCUUGUCAUUCCAUGACAGGGAUAGAUCAGAAAAGUGAUUACCAGAGGCUGGCACUCAAGAAGGACCAGAUUUACUUAGGGCAGUUGGAAGGCCCCAAAGAAAUACCAAGUGAAAGCUAUGCAAGUCUUGGACUUGGGGAGACCUGUGUUCUUAGUGUAAGCACAGAUCUAUUACCAGAUAUUUCUAGAAGAGAACAUGGCUUUACUCCUGGCUCCCAAGUUAAAAACUCAGAACAUAACCCAAGCUUAGUUAGUCAACCUACAGACUCCCCAGCAACAGAGCCCUUUGAUGACAGUGGCUGUCAAAAAACCUUUGAUCAGACUAUGCCCAUUACAGAAUUCACAAAAAGUCAGGUGCAAGAUAAACCCUAUAAAUGCACUGAUUGCGGGAAGUCAUUUAACCACAAUGCACACCUCACAGUGCACAAGAGAAUUCAUACAGGAGAGAGACCUUAUAUGUGCAAAGAAUGUGGGAAAGCUUUCAGCCAAAACUCCUCCCUUGUUCAACAUGAGCGAAUCCACACCGGAGACAAGCCCUAUAAGUGUGAUGAAUGCGGCAAAUCUUUUUGCCACAGUACACACCUUACCGUCCACAGGAGAAUUCACACUGGAGAGAAACCGUAUGCGUGUCAGGACUGUGGGAGAGCCUUCAAUCAGAAUUCAUCCCUCGGGCGACACAAGAGGACACACACCGGGGAGAAGCCAUACACCUGUAGCGUGUGUGGGAAAUCCUUCUCUAGGACCACUUGCCUCUUCUUGCAUCUGCGGACGCACACUGAGGAGAGGCCGUAUGAGUGUAAUCACUGUGGAAAGGGCUUCAGGCACAGCUCCUCCCUGGCCCAGCAUCAGCGGAAGCAUGCAGGUGAGAAACCCUAUGAGUGCCGACAGAGGCUGAUCUUUGAGCAGACAUCAGCUUUAACAAAGCAUGAGUGGACAGAACCCCUCAACUGUGACCCACCUUUGAGUCAAGAAGAAAGGACUCAGCGGAGCGACAGGCCCUUUAAAUGCAAUCAGUGUGGGAAAUGUUUCACUCAGAGUUCUCACCUCAUCCGACAUCAGAGAAGUCACAACAGAGAGGAAGAACCACAUGGACGACAACGGCCCUGUGGUCGGGGCUCAAAGCUCGUUCAGAAUCCACACUUAAAUUCAAGAGAGAUCCCCAUGGCCCAGGCAAAGGCAGGACAAGCAAGCAGGGCACUGGCCUUGUUUGACCUUCAUGAAAUUAUGCAGGAGAAAACCCCUGUGCAUGUUAUUGGGGUAGAAGAACCUUCAAUGGGCAAUUCUAUGUUAUUUGACAUCAGAGAAUCUACAUAGGAAGGAAACUUAAGAUAACUCUGGAGUUACUGGGUACAAACGUUAAGUCCACAAAGAGAAGAUGGCAUAAUGUCAGUGGUGACCUCUGACUUCAUGAGGAAGUGGUGCCUCCCAAACCCUUGAGGUUUGUGGUUCUCAAAUGUAUCAAGCUCGGGUUCCUGUUUAACAGACUUUUUCUUUGUUUUCCUGAGACAGUCUCAUGUGGCCCAGGCUGGCCUCGAACUCACCUUGUAUCUAAGAAUGACCUUGACUUUCUGGUCCUUCUGCCUUUACCUCCCUAAUUCUAGGAUCAUGAACAUUGUGCCCCUAUAUCCAGCAACAGUAGACAGAAUAAGAUGUUUUCUCCAUUACCCUAAAAUGAGUUGACCGGUAAUAAAACCUCGGCACUGGCAUAAUGCAAAAAUAA